GCGGGGCAGGGCGUUAUCCGACUAGGCAGGCAGCGGCCACCACCACUCCCGCGAGUUUCUUGCCGGCGGCCGCGGCAGCGAUGCUCCUCCUGCGCGCCUGCCCACCCGCCGCCGUGCCGCUCUCCUUCUCCGCCGCUCCGGCGCCUUCCUACAGUUGCCCCUGGCCCUCCUCCUCCACCACCUACACGGCCGCGCGCCGCCCCGCCAACCUCGCCGCCGUCCAGUUCGAGGCCCUCCGCUCCGACUCCGGUCCUUGGGCUGCAGACCAAGGCGUGGCCACCACUGGCGAUGGCGACGAUAUGGGCGAUGGCUUGAACGAGGAAGCGGGGCCGGAAAGUGAUGGGAAGGGCAUCCCUGGCAUCUACGUCCCGCGCCAGCGCUACAUCGCCAUCCCCAAGGCCGCCCUCCUCGACGCCGUCCUCUCCCAGUUCCCCUCCGACGCCGACGCCGCAGACUUCAAGCGCUGCACCAGAUGCUUGGACGCCAUCCUUCACGCCGAGCACAAGGGGAUGCUCGAGGAGAUGCGCACCUCUUACACGCUCACGCAGCGCCACCAGGAGGAGGAUCAGACUGACACCUCCGAUGUCCAAGCGAUCUUCAACGGCAAAGCCUCCUCUGGCCUUUCUGGCAUCACCCAAGAGGACGGGACAUUGUUCCUCACCAGAAGCUUGGGCUUGAGAACUCUGCUCGGAUUGACACCAGACCCUGAUUCCAACACCAGAGCUGCUUUUGCAACUCAGUUCCAGCGCUCCUUCAUGAACCUUCUACGCAAUGCUCAGUUUGAAGAGCUCUCUGUGCAAGAUCUGCUCUUGACAUACGCCCUAAACAGUGACUACCUCUUGACCUUGCCCAUUUACGUCGACUGGAAAAAGGCAGCUCAAUCCAAUGCCAUAAUAUUCAGGCGUGGGUAUGCAACUGAGAGGCAGAAGGGGCUCCUAUUAGUUGAGAAACUCGAUUACCUGCAAUCAAAACUCUUGCAGAGUAUCUUCUUCAGCCUCUCCAAACCCUUGAAAAGGCCAGGGAAAUGGCUUAAUGAGGCUUUGAAAAGAUCAACAGGGAACCAGGGAUUUCAGAUCUGGAUCGACAAGUUAAGACUCUGGCUUAAAGAGCAAACUUACGCCGAUAAUUCACUGUUGUUGAUAGAAAGUUCUUCAUGGGAGAAGCUUAGUUCUGAUCAGUUGCCCGAUGAUGAUGUUCCUAUUUGGAUAGCUGCACAAAGGGCGGUGUCUCGUUACGAAGGGAUUCUAUCACCUGUUGGUCCUCGUGGCAGAUUGUUAAGGAGAUUGCUUACAUGGACCGGAUUAAUACCUUCUCUGCCUGAAGCAACGAUAAAAAGUGAUGAUGAAACUAAACAUCUUGAAGGACAUGUGAGGCCAAAUUUUCUACCAAGGAUUACCCUUGCAAAUAUAUGGGAGCCUGCAAGCAGAGAAUCUUGCAAGAACAAUAUUUGGGAGAUAGUGAAAACUUCUUUUCGUAUCUUAUUUGGGAGGUCCACUCUUCAGGAACCGGCAUUCCAAGAGUUGAUCCUACUAUAUACGGAUGAAAAUGAUCAAAGUGAAAAGAAGGAUAAAUCUGAGAUGCUGCCGCUACAACUAAAAAUUUAUGAGAAGAUUCCUAUCCCAGAUCUGCCAGUGGUUUUUCCCCACAAGAAGUUGUCCUUCCGCAUCCUAGAUACAGUAAGGUUGGACAUUGCUACUGUAAUAGGUCUGUUGGCUUACGUUGUCAACUACAAAUUUGAGAGUUUAGCAUCAUCUCCGUCAGCUUUUCUUCUUGAUAUAGUUGCUAUUAGUGCACUAUUGAUACUUGUGUUCCGUGUGGGACUAGGCUAUAAGCAGACUCGGGAUAGAUACCAGCUUCUGGUGAAUAAGACACUGUAUGAGAAGACAUUAGCAAGUGGGUUCGGUUCAGUUUACUUUCUUCUGGAUGCUUCUGAGCAACAACAGUAUAAAGAAGCACUCUUGGCAUAUGCUAUGCUGCUCUGCAGAAACAAGUAUCAGGUGUCAUCUCGAGCAAGCAUCAGAGAUACUUGCGAGCAAUUCAUGUAUGAGAAAUUCAAGGCGAAGAUUGAGAUGCCGAUUGACAAGGCUAUGGAGACACUUGUGAGGUUGGGGCUGGUGAUUGAGCUUCCAACCAAUGGUGGGUCAAGCGUGAUUGGUCUCCCGUGUUCAGAGGCAUACGAUAUCCUGAGGAGCCGGUGGGAUAGCUUGUUGGAACACAGGACAGAGCAAGGUGACAUGGUAUGAUGAAGUUAUCUGUGUGCUGUGUAGCCUGAUGGAGUGGAGCAGGGAUGGAUCACAGUGGAGUCCAACUCCAACAUUACAGUACACUGCUGGAACUGCGUGGUUGACAUGGCGGCAACCUCUUGUAUUGUAUCCUAUAGCGACACAAACUACACACUGGUGGAGUAGUGGUUGUACAUAACAGAUGGCUGGCUAUAAUUCACGAUGCUGUUAGUAGUUGCUAGUAAGGAGGAGUACAUGUGUUGUGUGUACAUGAUUGAUUGACUCGUGAUCAGCAUUAUUGUGAUCGGUUCAUAUGUAUCGUCUGCUCAUUAUAUUACUAUAUACAUAUAUGUAAGCAGUAUAUACAGUCAGUUACAACA